CAACGCCUUCCAGUGGAUCCAGUACAGCAGCAUCAACAACGUCUUCACGCGCUUCUACGGCGUGAGCACCUUCGCCAUCGACUGGCUCUCCAUGAGCUACAUGCUCACCUACAUCCCCCUGCUCUUCCCCGUCGCCUGGCUGCUGGACCGGCGCGGCCUGCGCCCCAUCGCCCUCGCCGGCUCGGCCCUCAACGCCCUGGGCGCCUGGGUGAAGCUGGGCAGCCUGAGGCCGCAGCUCUUCCCCGUCACCGUCCUGGGGCAGGUCGUCUGCUCCGUGGCGCAGGUCUUCAUCCUGGGCAUGCCCUCGCGCAUCGCCUCCGUCUGGUUCGGCUCCCGCGAGGUCUCCACCGCCUGCUCCGUCGCCGUCUUCGGGAACCAGCUUGGCAUUGCUCUGGGCUUUCUGGUCCCUCCAGUUCUGGUUCCCAACGUGGAAGAUGAGGAGAAACUGGCCUACCACAUCAGCAUCAUGUUCUUCAUGACAGCAGGUGUGGCAACCGCCCUCUUCAUCCUAGUUGUCAUAGUCUUUAGAGAGAAGCCUCCACACCCUCCAAGCCGAGCUCAGGCCUUGAUCCAGUCAAGACCGCCGGAGGAGUAUUCCUAUGUGCAAUCAAUCCUCCGCCUGCUCCGCAAUAUCAACUUUAUGCUGCUUGUGGUCACUUACGGUUUGAAUGCAGGGUGCUUCUACUCCCUGUCCACUCUGCUGAACCGCAUGGUGAUCCACCACUACCCAGGGGAGGAGGUGAAUGCUGGCAGGAUUGGACUCACCAUUGUACUGUCGGGCAUGGUUGGGGCCCUCAUCUCCGGCAUCUGGUUGGAUAGAACCAAAACCUACAAACAAACAACGCUAGUGGUUUAUAUCAUGUCUCUGGUGGGAAUGGUUGUCUACACCUUCACUCUGAGUCUAGGUCUCCUCUGGGUGGUCUUUGUGACUGCAGGCGUGCUGGGGUUAUUCAUGACAGGGUACCUUCCCCUGGGUUUUGAGUUUGCUGCAGAGUUAACAUAUCCAGAAUCGGAAGGAACAUCAUCAGGGCUCCUUAAUGUCUCAGCACAGAUCUUUGGUAUUGCUUUCACCAUCAGCCAAGGAAAGAUCAUGGAUCACUUUGGGACAAAGGCAGGAAACCUCUUUCUUUGUUCUUUCCUGUUCCUGGGAACCAUCAUGACAGUAUUCAUUAAGGCUGAUCUCCGAAGACAGCAGGCGAAUUUGGAAAGUGAACAGGCAAAAGCGAUGCCUGAAGCCUGUACUGAUUCCAUAGUCCUUGAAGAAACAAAGCUGUGAAAAGGGAGGGGUCACAGAGCUGGGAAAUGCACUCUCCUCCCCAUUCCCACCUUUGCCACCUAAGCCAUUCUCCUGUCAUGGCUGCAGUAUGGCAGUGGGCAGCCUCAGGGCAGGAGCCCAGUGAACCCCUUGCAAAGUGUGGGAAAGAGCAAAACAAGAAGAAAGUUGCUCUCUUCAGUUACACCUCUGCAUCUUGCUCUUUUGGAGACCUUACUGCUUGAAGCAAAACUUGUGGAAAGCCACCCUUUCCCCCCCUCACCAACUCGUCUGUGCUUGCAAGAAGCAUAUGUGCUCAGAAAAGCAAGGCUGCAUUUGCAGAUUAGCUCUGAGCACAUGCAGGCAAGAUGAUGCCCUGUACCUGGCCUGUGUUUCCUCUCACAGAGAAGCUGUAAUAUUAAAUGCAGAAGCUGGACCCUGCUUGCUUUGUGAGCAACCUUCAAAGAGUUGUGAUCUGUCUGUGAAGAAUUGAUUGCUCUGCCUCAGUGCCUGUGAUGCUCUCCACGUAGCAGAGGUGACGGUAGCGCCUCAACACAUCUCCAGCCAGGGCAAAGCAGUGUAUCUGCUGCUUCUAGCUCCAGUUUCUGUAUAUGGCCAUCCCUGUUGCAACACUAUGUGGAUAAACCUCUAUUUAGAAUUCAUUUAGGUUGCCCUGAUGUUCCUAUCUAUUAGGAGUAAUUGAGAGAAAACAGUAUGCAUCCUGGGUGGACUCCAGCUCUCAUGCUGCCUAGAGGCAAGGUCUAGCUCCGGGGUUUAUGUUGAAUCCACAGCCUGAAUCUGCCCAGUGCACCGCACUAGCAGCAAGAGUCAAACCACAGCUCCCUGGGGCUAAGGACCACUAAUGAUAAAGUACCUUUUGGCGUGUUUUAAUACCACAUAAAAUCUUUUGUGAAGCCCUAUAUUGGGAUAGCCAACCAGGAUUGCAUUGCUUUGCAGUACCACAGUGAGGUGGUUGGGUCAGGCGGGAAUGAAGAUUUGCUCCAGUGUGAAAGCCUCCCAUGUUAUGACAGGCAACAGGAAAAAUAGCCCUCUUACCAGCAUCUGUGUCUUGCAGACACUUCCCUGCUGUAUGCUGUUAUUUCCUGAUCACAGUAAUACUUUAUAUCCCUUCUCCUUCCUUUUCAGUCACUGCCCUAGUGGAGACAUUAAGUGUCCUUAUACUCUUUAAAUAAUGCAAUUGUGCACAAAUAAUUUUGAAAAAAUAAAUGUUGAAGUAGAUGAAAAUAGCUUUCUUGGACAUACCAUUUUUAACAAAACCUUUCUUGUAAAAUUACACUUCUGAUAUUUAAAACAAUUAAAUUUCCAUAUUUGAUAGUUUGGGAUAGAACACUGGGGUGGGCCUUAAAAUGUUUUUUAAAUAAAGAUUUUUUUUCAAGUGUAUGAGUGAAACAUGUAACUUUCUCAUAUUAAAUAGUUUAA